AUGACAGUUCGGGAUGACUUCAUCAAGACUGUUUUUCGGAGUCGGCCAGCUGUCUCUCGUGCAUGCUUCUCAUUGGGGGAGAGGCGUAGUUUCGAGACGAUGAGCCAUAAAGCACCGCCCCUGCUGAAGUGGUACAUCUGUCAGUUGUGCCGGGCCUCGCCAGACCACCCCUGCAGUGUGGCACAUGCUACAGUUUCCAAGGCGGAUCUUAUGAAGAUUUCCUCUUCGGUGCAGCAGUCCAUGUCACAAGGGGUUAAAGGCAAGCGCUGUUUGGUCAAUUUUCUGCAAAGGGAUGAAGCCCAGUCAUUUCGGAAUUUGACGGCAGCCAGCAGCAAUGGCGAUGAUAAUGAGGUACAGCUCGACCGUCAGGUGGAGCAUUACAAUCUGGAUGUUAUCCCAAUGUUGCUGCAAUAUCUUGGGAUGGACAUGUCAUUUGCUUUCUGGGCAGAUGUGUUGGCGUGCCUUGAAAAUCGAUUGAUAGAGGAACACGAACAGCUGCAGCUGCAGCUACAGCAGCCUUUGCUGAAUCGAGCAGAUUCCGGAUUGAGUAGCUGCAGUGGCAGUAGCAGUACGAUUCCUGGUGAUGGAUCCUUGGCCUGCGUAGGGUUGGGUGGAGUUGUUCCGGUUGUUCCGUGGUUCGAUCAAUUGUCCCGAGAGGAGCUUGUGCAGAAAUUGUUUGACAGGGAUCUUCAAAUUACUUCCUUGAAGCAGCAGCUGGACCGCAGUGGCAGCCGCAGUGGAACCCGCGCUGGGGAGGGCGGCGGCGUCGGCCCGUUGCGGCUGUCUUUAAAAAAGGAGAAGAAGAAAUGCAAGAAGCUGGAGCUGUCUGGUGUCAAGAAGGAUGAGAAGAUUUCUGUGUUGCAGCAGAAGAUAAAUUCAUUAAAGACUUUGCUGAUCGAGAGGAGAGGGACGGCUCGUAAACUCCAACAGGGUUCUGAUGGUGACAUCUUCUGCGAUCGCGGCUGGCUCACCGCCAGUGGUAUCAUUCAGCUUGCCAUCAAGAGAAACUUGGGGCACUGUUCUUCAGAGCACCUGCAGCUCCUGAUUCAACAAGACGUUUCCAGAUGGACUGUGUCGAGAAGCUUUGUCGCAUUAAUGCUGAUUGUUUAUUUGUUUAUGGCCGUUAAUGCAGUAGCUGCUCCCUUGAUUCACUUGAUUGAUUCACUGUUCCAGACUGUCCCACUGUCCCACUGCUGUUUGAGUUGA